AUGCUUGCCCCAGCCCUUCUCCCGCUGAUUCUCUCCGUCCUCCCCCUUUCCACCGCCAUCCCGGCUCCCGCCCCAGCGGCCCUUGCUGCUCCCCCUAAUAUCCCCUCGGCCUCUGCCGCCCGCAAUGCCCUCAAUGGCCUUACCGUGGCUCCAGAAGGCCCUCAGGAAGGGUACUCUCGUUCCCUAUUCCGCCACUGGAUCACCAUCUCCGGUGAAUGCAACACCCGUGAGGAGGUGCUAAAGCGCGAUGGCCAGGGCGUGACCGUCGACUCCAGAUGCUACCCCUCGUCGGGCAGUUGGUUCAGCGAAUAUGAUGGGGAGACCGUGUCCGUCGCAAGUGGUGCGGAUAUUGACCACGUCGUCCCAUUGAGCAACGCCUGGAAGUCCGGAGCAAGAAGCUGGUCUGCAGCCAGACGACAAGAAUUCGCAAACGACUUGACAAACCCACAGUUGAUCGCCGUAACGGCCAAGUCCAACCGUGCGAAGGGUGAUAAGGGCCCUGAAAAUUGGAAGCCACCUCGAACCUCAUAUCACUGUACCUACGCCAAGAUGUGGGUUAAGGUUAAGUCUGCUUACUCCUUGUCCGUCAACGAAGAAGAAAAAGCAGCUUUGACGGAGAUGCUGGGCACUUGCUAG